AUGACUACACUCGACAAACAAUUUCAACAUCACGAUGCGAAUCCCAAUUAUUUCGGAGCAGAUACGCUAGAAUGGGAUCAAUAUCAUCAAUUCAGACCUUCUUAUCCAAGAGAGUUAUUUGAGAUUAUAUUUGCAUACCAUAAACAAAACGGAAAUGAAUGGUCACUUGCGGCAGAUUUUGGUAGUGGACCAGGAACAAUUGCACCAAAUCUACUAGAAAGAUUUCAAAAAGUACAUGGAAGUGAUUUAAACGAAAGACAGAUCAAUCUCGGAAAGAGUGCACUUCAAGAAAAAUUUGGAAAAGAUCGUGUGGAGAUGCACGUUGGAGCAGCAGGAAGUUGUGAUUGGAUCAAAGAUGGUUCAGCGGAUAUAUUCACUUCCGCAGAAGCUGUUCAAUGGUUUGAUUCGGAUUUAUGGAUUGAAGAAGCUUCAAAAAAGCUCAAGCCGGGUGGUACGCUUGCAUUCUGGUAUUAUUCUCCUAAUUGCACAAUUAUCAGUCAUCCCGAAGCAGCAUUCUACUGCAACAAGCUUUUCAGCAUCUUGUUCGAAUCUGUCUGGUCCAGCGAAGGAUUCCCACGCGGACCGGUGGAGGCUCAUGCGUUGAAAUUGAGAAAUAUCGGCAUCGAUUCCACAAAAUUCCACAAAGAAGUUCGGCAAUUUUGGCAAUUACCCGAAAAUGUAGCCGGGGUGAAUGGAUUAGGUGAAAAUCCACCAUCUUCCUUCUCUUUGGUAAAAGAUUGUCCUGAACGUAUCGCAAAAGAUGCAAAAGUGAUCGAUCAAGAAUGCAAAGAAUCAAAUUCUUGCUUCUUACAACGUUCUUCUUGGACAACAAAAGAGUUACUUCACUACAUCGAAAGUUUAGGUAUGCCAAUGGAUGUCUUAUACAAGCAUAAAGAGUACGAAUCAACCAUGGAUUCUUUACAUCAAAUCGUAGGAGGUGAAAAAGGUACCUUCACCGUUGGAUGGUGGCUUUCAUUGGUAAUGGCAACAAGGACAUAA